CCCGCAUGCGCAGUGACUUCAUUAUCAAGGCGGUUACUGUGUUCCUGAUACAACCAGAGAAGGGCAAAUACAACGUAGAAGGAGUUUUCUAGCUACUAACACGAUGCUGAUGAGGGCUCCUGCGUUGUUUACCAUCUUAUUAUUCCUCCAUGUGUCACUGGCUUUUUCUUCUGCCUCACCCCAGCCUGAAAUGUCAGCGUCCCCGCGUUCACUGAAGGAAAUAUUCCGUAGAAGAAGACAAGCAUGCGCAGAUGGCACGUACCUGAAUGACGAGAAGACCUGCUGUAGGUGUGCUGCAGGUCAGCGGGUCAAGAAGCACUGUACUACAAAUCCACAAGAUGGACAAUGUGAGCUCUGCGAACCCGGUACCUACAACGAUGCCCCUAAUUUCCAGGAGACCUGUCAGCCCUGUACCUCCUGCUCACAGGACAAUGCAAAUUUAGAGGAGGACUCGCCCUGCAGCCCUGCCAGGGACACAAAGUGUCGAUGUAAGAGUGGACACUUUUGCGACAGAGGCGUAGGAAUGUGUAAAGUCUGUCACCCUUGCAAAACAUGUGAAUAUGGCGUUAAAAAAGAAUGUACAGACACCAGUGACACAGAAUGCCAUGAAAAAAGCAGAGUAGUCAUCAUAACUGUUUCCGUCAUUGCUGUUCUUGCGGUUGCCGGAGCUGUUAUUGGAGGAUUUCUAUUUUGGAAAAAGAGAAAAGAGAUGAAAAGGGACCCGGCCCCGGCCCCGGACCCUGCUGAGGAGAGGCCGCUUAUUAGAGACCUGCAGCCGUUCCUGCCUGACAUUGCAGAAGAGCUUGGAUGGAAGGAUAUGAAAGAUGUAGCGCAGCGUAGUGGGAUGAAACUGGCUCGGAUUGACGCUUGUGAACACGAUUACCCACGCGACUCUCAGGAGCAGACGCAUCAACUGCUAAGAAAGUAUGUAGAGGAGCAUGGCAGAAAUGCCUCAGAGGACUUGCUCCAAACCCUUAAAAGAAGUGGCAAAAAGGACAAAGCAGAAAAGAUCAGAGAGAUGUUGUGUAGAGACAAUCAAGAUGGACAAAACUCUUCUGCAUGAAUUCAGUUCAGUUCAAUUUGAUUUAUAUAGUGCAGAUUCACAACAUAUGCCAUCUCAAAGUGCUUAAGGGUGGAAAUAACCACCCUGAACAUAAUGAAAUAAGACACUGAACAGUGCAUGUAUUUUUUUUUAUCUGUUUCUUUUUAACAUUGUGACUUGUGUCUUAUGUGUGUUUUGAUACGUGUUGCAUGUUAUUGUUGGAGCCUUGUCAAAGGAGAAUUUCUGUCACUGUUUGGGGCAGACAGUAAAGUUCAUCUAUUCUAUGGACCUUAAGAAAUUACAAACAGAAAAGAGAAAACUUUCUGCUCUGUUUGUAAUUUGUAGCUCAUUGUAAUUCCAAAUGAGCUACGGUGGGAAGGAACAAAAAAGGACGAAGGAAAAAAGAAAUGAAAAAACGCGAUAAGGGAGGGGAAAACAAAACCUCCGAUAGAACCAGGCUCAGGGAAGGUGCCUGUGCUGAGCAGUUUUUAAGUAUAUGCAGCACUGUGGGAUGUGAGAUGUUUACAUGAUAGAUAGGAUAGGAUUUUAUGUGUCUAUUAUGUGCAAAUUGCUGUGUUAAAGAGGACUGAAGUGAAAGAAUCAUAAAAAUAAAUAAAUUUAGAAAUUAGUAAGUGUCAGAUGGGUUAUAUUUCCUUACUCAUAAGUUGUGGUAAAAAUUAAGAUCAUCUACUGCUGAUACACAUUUUUCAGAUCAUCUGUUCUUCAAAGGAAAACACCCUGGAAUAUCUUCCAUUUCACAGCUCUUAAAUAGUUCUUCAUUUAUUGCCCUUUUAUAAUUUUUUAUUUUUGUGUAUUUAUGUUUGUGUUUUUAUGUAAUCUGUUGUUGACCUUUCCAGAAACAAAACCAAAGCCCGUCCCAGCACUGAAGGGCUUUGUGGUCAGAUGUGAAAUCAUGAAAUCAACUGUUAUGUUGUACAAAAAUCAUAAAUAAAAAUCUAUUUAUAAAAAAACA